AAACAACUUUUUUUUUUUACAGGUUCAAAGUGCGAUGAACUAGAAGAUGGUUUCUACACAGAUGGCUGUUCGAGUAAUUAUUAUGGAUGCGCCAACAAAAUGACCAUUUAUAUGACCUGCCAGCCCGGUCUUUUUUUUGAUGAAGUUGCUCAAACUUGUGACUACAAAGACAACGUUCCUGCCUGCAAUACAGCCAAAAGGUAUGUCUUUGAAGCGAAAACUUCAAGUGAUAUUACAAAAUCUGCAAUAGCAAGUAUUAAUUAUGACUGUUUGAAUAAGGAGGAUAGCACGUAUUCGCUUGGUCUUUGCAAGCAAGAAUUCUUAAGCUGUAAAAACGGUAGAGCUGCAGUUGAGAAAUGUAAUGCAGGUUAUUUCUACAACGUCGCAACAAGGCUUUGUACGGAUUUGCUUAGCAAUCCCUCUUGUAAUCCUAUUCCAAUGAGGAAUGAGGAAUUUGAGACAAGAGGUUUACCAAGACGUCCAAACGAAGUUGUGGCGUUAAGUUGUUCUUCAAAAUACUAUGUCUGUUCUAACAAUCGGUUAUCAGUCAUGAAUUGUCCAGAAAAAACCGUAUAUGAUGCCGAAAGUAAUAGAUGCGAUUAUAAAACUAAAGUACGUGGAUGCGCCAAUUUAAUCAACGUAAUGGAUAAAAUAGAACGCUUCGAAAAUUCUGCUUUUUGUGACAACAGAGACGACGGUAAUUAUGCGAUCGGAAAAUGCGAGACCACCUUUAUUUCUUGCUCGGUAAAGAAUAUGCCUGUAUAUUGGGUUAAAUAUUUUUUUUUGAAAAUAAUUGACAUACUGAUCAGACUUUAA